AUGUUCUCGGCUGCCAGUGCACUGUUUCGUCGACGGGAUCGCAACCCCACCUCGGAGAGUGCCUAUGAGGUGCCCUUUUACACAAAUGCGGCAUACUAUCCAAAUUGGAGAAUCUAUCGAAAGGAGCCUCCCUCGUCAUUGAGACUGGGGUUUAUAUCACAUGUGUUCUAUGCAUUUGCUUGGGUGAAAGAAGACGGCACGGUUUAUUUGAGUGAUGAGUGGGCAGAUACCCAGAUGCCGGUGGACGGCACCGAGGGAUGUCUGCGGGCUUUCGUCCAGCUGAAGCAGCAGUAUUCUCAGAUGAGAGUCAUCCUCUCGGUUGGUGGAGGGGGCAAAGGCAGUGAGAACUUUGCUUCAGUUGCCCGCAAUAAAGCUACACUGGAGACGUUUGUGAGUACCGCGCGAGGACUAGUGGAUCAGUUUGGACUUGACGGUAUCGACGUUGACUGGGAGCACCCGGCGGACUCCAAACAAGGAAAAGAUUAUGUCCGUAUGCUUGCACGCCUACGCGAAGUGCUUCCUGCCCCGCGAUACGUCCUCGCUACCUGUCUUCCUGCUGGUCAGUGGGCUCUGCGGAACAUCGAUCUUCGCGCGGCAUCCAAAUAUUUGGAUAUGUUGAACCUGAUGGCAUAUGAUUUUGCUGGUCCAUGGGACCCUGAAACCGGCCAUCACGCCAAGCUCUCCGGUCCUGGAGUAUCGGGAGAGUCGGCUGUGGACUAUGUAGUUUCCCAAGGAGUACCUCGUCGAAAUGUGAUCCUCGGUGUUCCAGUCUAUGGGCGAUCUUUCUUAGGUAGCACUGGACCGGGUCAACGAUACACUGGUCACGGAGGAGAGGAAGGCGUCUUUGAUUAUCGCGAUUUGCCGCGGCCCGGAACCCAAGAAUGCCACGACAAGCAGGCUGCUGCCUCGUUCUGUGUUGGAGCCGAUGGAGGAUUUGUGACCUAUGAUUCUCCGGAGACCGUGCAGCAGAAAGCAAAUAAGCUUCCUCCCCCGCGUUUUGAGGCUGCGAACAUCCCAUACGAUAUCACUUCCAUAGUUCCUCAACAAUCUCGCCUGAACAUGUCUCCCUCGGUCCCUCAGCCGGCGACUGCAGAUAUCGGCUCUAUCACCGAGCCUGAGCCACAUUUCACCAAGCUCGGUGCCGAGGCUAUCUCGGAUCAGAUCCGCGAGUGGAGUGCAGAUGCUGAGCGCAAUCAACCCUACGUGAAGAGUCAUAAUGUUUGGGGUAAACGAUAUGACUAUGAUCGAUUGGUGACCACUAAUGGUUGGAAACAACUCGGCAAAUGGGGCGCUCGGAAUAAAAUUGUUUCUGCAGGCUAUGAUCCAGCCUUGGGGGUGGAUAGACGAACGGUUCAAUAUGCACUGAAUUAUCUUUACUCUCCUUCUUCGGGUCUCUACUCGUGUCCAAUGAGUAUGACUGAUGGGGCUGCUUUUAUUCUAUCUUCUAGAAUCGGAAAGCUUCCAGCCAAUCACCCCUUUCAUGCUGCCUUUCAAGGGCUGACUUCGGAGGGCGAUGAUCAUUGGACUUCUGGCCAGUGGAUGACCGAGAGAGCUGGUGGAAGUGACGUACAGAACACCGAGACCUGGGCUUCAUACUCCCCACUAGCCAAGGAUGUAGGUGUUGAUCCUCUUGGUGAUGGAGACUAUCUUAUCGAUGGAUUUAAAUUCUUUUCAUCGGCGACAGAUGCCAACCUGGCUCUUCUGCUGGCCAAAACUCCCUCUGGAAAUCUGAGUACAUUCCUCGCACCACUUCGACGAACUGUUGUUGGACCCGAUGGUGUCUCUAAGAUCGUAUCAAAUGGAGUCAGGAUCCACCGUCUGAAGAACAAAUUAGGAACAAAAGAGCUACCAACUGCGGAAUUGGAGCUCAAGGGUAUGCGGGCUCAUCUGGUUGGGGAGUUGGACCAGGGUAUUGUCACCAUCGCCCCCCUGCUCAAUGUGACCCGCAUUCAUACCUUUGUCGGGUCCCUCGCCGGCUGGCGUCGGGCUAUCAGUAUUACGAAAAGCUUCGCCAAGGCCCGGACGACCGUCGGGGAGCCUCUCUGGCUCAUUCCCAUGCAUUUGCGACUGUUGGCGGACUUGGAAGUGAAACAUCGCGGUGGCAUGGCACUAUCCUGGUUCACGGUCGCUUUGUUCGGUAUUGUGGAGAACAGAUCGACGGCUUCUACGAAACUGGCGCAUCUUCCACAGCCUGGGAAGGAAGCCGAGGUAGUCUUUCGUACUUUGACCGCCACCGCAAAGGCCGUUGUAAGCAAGAUGGCUACUCUCGGCAUCAUCGAAUGCCAGGAGUCCAUGGGUGGAGUCGGUUACAUGGACGAGGCUGAUGAGCCCGAGUUCAACAUCUCUCGCAUUUUGCGGAAUACAACGGUGAACUCAAUCUGGGAAGGGACUACCAAUGUGCUCGCCAGUGAGAUGGUUCGAUUCCUUCUCAAGAAGGACAACUUGAACCUCUUCAGAGUGUGGUUUGAUCGUACUUUGGCCUUGAUUCAAACACCUGCUCUACGCGAUACUUUAACUUCUGCCUGGUUUGCACUUCGCGCUAGGUUUUCAAAUAACGAUCCUGCUGCGAUAGUCGCUGAUGCGCGUCGGUACAUGUUCACACUUGCGUGGAUCAUUUCGGGAGCACUUCUAGCACUGGACUCUGAACGUGACCGUGACUCUGUAACCACAGAGAUUGCCCGUCGCUGGAUCCUGAGUGCCGAGGGUGGCGUGGGUGACAUGGUAUUCCAUGACAUUGUUACAGCCCAUGAUGCUGCUAGCACUGCUUCUUCGGGUGAGGAGCAUCUACAGUGGGACUGCCGCAUUGCCUGGGGAGUUGAGUUGCCGGUCAAUCGUGCGUCUGGGCAUAGAUCGUUGCAAAAUUCAAGUGCAAAGCUUUAA